AUGUCCCAACCUCAAUACAUGACCACUUACUGCAACAAGUUAUCUGAAAAUUUCACACAAAACAGCUCAUACAAAUCAAACCUUGAAACCCUACUUUCUUCUCUCCGUGACCGUUCCUCCCUCGGCACCUACUCCAACGCCACGUCCGGAGUCAGCCCCGACACAGUGCAUGGCAUGUUCCUCUGUAGAGGAGACAUCACCAAAACAUCUUGCUCAGACUGUGUCAAAACCGCAACCCUAGAAAUCGCUAAAAACUGCACUUAUCAAAAAGAAGCUAUAGUAUACUAUGAAGAAUGCAUGGUUCGAUACUCGGAUGUUUCCUUCUUAACCUUCGUCAACUCUGGGCCUUCCGUCGCUGUACACUCUACCGUAACUUUCACGUCACUUUUGUUUGCGUUCCGAGUUGUACUCUCCGAUAAGGUAGAAGAGCUAAUUGUCCUCACAACAAGAUCAAAGUCUUCUUUGUCUUCUCCGACGCCGUAUUACGUGAAGAAUAGAAAUCAAGUGAAUCAACUGGAGUCGUAUCCGUUAGACGUAAUUGUUCAGUGUAGUCCUGAUCUUGAUCCAGUAAACUGCGGCGUCUGCUUGAGACUUGCGGUCCAACAAAUGACAGUGUGUUGCAACAACGCUCGUUGGGCUCAAAUCUUUCUUCCUAAAUGUCUUUUGAAAUAUGACACAACCGGUUCACAGAUUGGCUCAUCUUCAAUGAACGUUAUCAAAGGUGAGCAUAACACUAAUGGCCUCGAUGGCUUUAACUUUUAA